CUCCCUCCCUCCCUCUCGGGUUCCGCUCCGAUCCCGCGCCUUCUUCCUUCCCGGACGAGGAGCGCAGCCAUGGCCCCGAUCCGGGCCGGGACCCCGCUCGCCUCCGCCGCCGCCGCCCUCCUCCUCCUCCUCCUCCUCUGCGAAGCCCCCCAGGCCGGACGGGCAGGAGAAUGCAAAGAACUGGAAUCGUGUGAUAAGUGCAUAGAAGGAGCUGCUUCUCAGAACAUCACCAACUGUGUGUGGAUGGACUGCCAAGAGUCUCCGGAGAAACCAGGUAUUGGCAGCUGCGUGGAAAAAGGGGAACCAGCCAAGGAGAAAUGUUCAUUUGUCAACGCUACGGCCAUGUGUGAAGCACCAAGAUCAGCCACCACAGAAGCUCCAUCCCGACCCACGAAAGAGCCUCCAGAGCCAUCCAGUCAGAAGCCAGAAAUUGUCACAUUUGGUCCCACAGCCAGCAGCCCUCCUCCUCCUCUAACCAGCUCGCCCGAGUUCCACCCGCCGGGCUUCGACUCGGCCAGCUUCAUUGGCGGGAUGGUGCUGGUGCUCAGCAUCCAAGCGGUCAUCUUCUUUGUGGUGAAGUUCCUCCGCUCCAAGGACAGCACCUACCAGACACUAGAGGAUAACCAGCAGUAGGUGCGGCUGUGUGUGCGGAUUUGGGGGGCAGCGGGGCUGUUUCUGGAGCAAGAAAGACCCCCAACCUUCCCCCCUUAGAUCUGCUCCCUGGCUUGGCUCUUUUUCCAAAUGAGCCAGUUUUCAUGCACUCCGUAGCAUCAAGAGAUCGUCCCUUUUUUUCUGGCCUGCGUUUGUAUAUUUGGAUCUUUCUAUCUGCAUGUCGAAAAACAGCAUGCCUUGAUGCGACUCACCUGAAUUCCUUGGCGUGGGAAUUCUGUGUGCAGAGAAACACACACACGUGUGCACUAGAGAAAAAGUAUGUUAGAACUGUCCAUACAUACAUGCACUCGCACAUAACAACACACAGACCGGAUUAAUCUUGACCUUCUCUCUCCGGCUGAAUGGAUCCGCUGCUUAACUUCUUCCUUCUCUUGCUGACUUCUUUGAUGCGCCUCUCUUUCGCCCUCCAUCCGUGCCUCUUCGAAUGUCAUUAUUAGACAUAUAGACAGACACAGAGGCAAUUUAACAUUUUCCAUCUUCCUGAGGGUAUGCUCGAUUCCAGCCACAGGGGGCGCUGCUGCUUCAUCGUCUGCUUGUGACACCGAGUCCUUGAUGGAGUACUUCCUCAUUCUUCUGCACACUGCUGGAAGUUUUUAUGGUGUAGUAAAUUAGUUAAGUUAGCCUCCCCACAUAAAGCAGUACCUAAAUUUCCUACUUGAUCUGCUUAGGUCAACAGAGAGCUAGGCUAUUAAUGGUCGGGAGCUCACUCCAACCCAGACUUGCUUCGAAUCCAUGACCUCUCAGUCAGUAGUGAUUCAUUGCAGUUGGCUACUAACCAGCUGCACCACAGCUAUGGAUCUUGUGACUUCUGAAACCUAAAAUGUCUAACUUCUGGAGCACCAAAAGUCCCAUAUUAUUUCCAUAAGCUAAACUGAAACCCAUAGACUCUUAUUCUUGGGAUCUUCUCCCGACAGAAAGGACCUCAUCAUAAUAGAGCUUGGAUACACUUUAAAUACAAUUUAACUCCACUUUAGGGAGAGGGCUUUAAGCAGCUCAGCCAGACAGGUCCCGGGACUCAUGAAACUACAAACCCCAGAAUCCUGCAGAAAUCAGAUUUAAAGUGGAUUCAUGCUUUAGUGUUGUUGAUUUUUAGCUGAUUGGCCAAGACUAAGGACUUAGCAUUGGAUUAAUCAGUUGGAUUAAGCAGUUUUCUAAUAAUAAUAAUAAUAAUAAUAAUAAUAAUAACAAUAAUAAUAAUAAUAAUAACAACAACAACAAAAUUACGAUCUGCCAACUGCAAAAGGCCACCCUACUGGGAUCUGACCGCAUUAUCUGAAAAUACAGCACACAGUCCUAAACACUUGGGAAGUGUUCGACUUGUGAUUUUGUGAUACGAAUCCAGCAUAUCUAUCUCGUUUGCUGUGUCAUAAUAAAAUAAUAAAAUUAUUAUUAACAAAAUUACGAUCUGCCAACUGCAAAAGGCCACCCUAUUGGAUCUGCGUGCAUCAUCUGAAAAGCGUCCUAAAUGCUUGGGAAGUGUUCGACUUGUGAUUUUGUGAUACGAAAUCCAGCAUAUCUAUCUUGUUUGCUGUGUCAUAAUAACAAUAAUAAUAACAAUAAUAACAAUAAUAAUAAUAAUAAUAAUAAUAAUAAUAAUAAUAAUAAUAAUAAUAAUGUUUAUUUAUAGCCCGCCUCCAUCUCCCCAGAAGGGGACUCGAGGUGGCUUACAGAUAAUACCAGAUAAAAACAAUAACAAUAUACAAUAAACAAAAAACAUACACAAAUUAUAAAAUUUUAAACAUUAACCUAUAGAAAACAUUAUUCUGGCCAAAAGACUACAAACAUCCCCAGAUCGGGAUGAAUCUAGGUGUGCAAUCGAGCCCGCUUUCCUUUUUCCUUCUACCAGCCGAGGCAUGACUUCUGUGUGUUCUUGCGGUGCCUCUUUUGUGUUACCGUGUGAUCUUUGUGUUGAUGUGCGAGGGAGGAAGGGAGGAAGCGGAAGAACCUGUGAUCCCGUCGCCUUCAUUAAAGCUUGUGGAAAUUUGA